CCCUGGACCCUGCUCCAGACACUUUAAAUCCAGGAGAGAAAAAUGUGUUGAGCCUUCCUGGAGAACAGCAUCUGCUCUUAGCCAAGAUCUCACCACAAACAGCUAUUCAUUUGCCUGUUUCCCAGAGUAAUGAGGGCCAUGGAGCCAGGCCAUCUCCUCUGGGCUCUGCUGUUCAUACAAUCCUUGUGUUCCCAACUGGCUGAUGGGGCCACUCGAGUCUACUACCUGGGCAUCUGGGACGUGCAGUGGAACUAUGCUCCCAAAGGCAGGAAUGUCAUCACAAACCAGCCUCUGGACAAUGACACAGUAGCUUCCAGCUUCCUAAAGUCUGGCAGGAAUCGUAUAGGGAGCAGCUACAAGAAGACCAUCUACAAGGAAUACAGGGAUGGCUCAUAUAAAGAUGAAAUGGCCCAGCCUGCCUGGUUGGGCUUCCUGGGGCCAGUGUUGCAGGCUGAGGUGGGAGAUGUUAUCCUUAUCCACCUGAAGAAUUUUGCCACUCGUCCCUAUACUAUCCACCCCCAUGGUGUUUUCUAUAAGAAGGACUCAGAAGGCUCCCUAUACCCAGAUGGUUCCUCUGGUUGGCAGAAAGCUGAUGACUCUGUUCCCCCGGGAGGCAGCCACAUCUACAACUGGACCAUUCCAGAAGGUCAUGCACCCACUGAUGCUGACCCAACUUGCCUCACCUGGAUCUACCAUUCUCAUGUAGAUGCUCCACGAGACAUUGCAGCUGGCCUCAUUGGACCACUUAUCACAUGUAAAAGAGGAACCCUGGAUAGGAAUUACCCUCCUCGGCGUCAGGAUGUGGACAGUGAUUUCUUCCUGCUCUUCAGUGUGGUAGAUGAGAACCUUAGCUGGCAUAUUGAUGAAAACAUUGCCACUUACUGCUCGGACCCUGCCUCAGUGGACAAAGAGGAUGAGGCCUUUCAGGAGAGCAACAGGAUGCAUGCAAUUAAUGGAUUUGUCUUUGGGAACUUACCAGAACUGAGCAUGUGUACACAGAAGCAUGUGGCCUGGCACUUAUUUGGUAUGGGCAAUGAAGUAGAUGUCCACACAGCUUUCUUCCAUGGACAGAUACUGACAAUCCGGGGCCACCGCACUGAUGUGGCUCACAUCUUUCCAGCCACUUUUGUGACUGCUGAGAUGGUUCCCCACGAACCUGGUUCCUGGUUAAUUAGCUGUCAAGUGAAUAGUCACUUACACGAUGGCAUGCAAGCAAUCUACAAGGUCAACUCUUGCUCCAUGGCCCCUCCCAUGAUCCAACUUACAGGCAAAGUCCGACAGUACUUCAUUGAGGCCCGUGAGAUUCAAUGGGACUAUGGCCCAAUGGGGCAUGAUGGGAGUACUGGGAAGAAUUUGAGGGAGCCAGGCAGCGGCUCAAAUAAAUUCUUCCAGAAGAGCUCCAGUCGAAUUGGGGGUACAUACUGGAAAGUUCGAUAUGAAGCCUUCCUAGAUGAGACAUUCCAGGAAAAGCUGCAGCUAGAGGAAGAUAAGCAUCUUGGAAUCUUGGGACCAGUUAUCAGGGCUGAAGUAGGUGACACCAUCCAGGUAACCUUCUACAACCGUGCCUCCCAGCCAUUCAGCAUACAGCCUCAUGGGGUCUUUUAUGAGAAAGACUACGAGGGAACUGUGUAUAAUGAUGGCUCAUCCCACCAUGCCAUGGUGGCCAAGCCCUUUGAGAAAGUAACGUAUCGCUGGACAGUACCCCCACAUGCUGGUCCCGCUGCUCAGGAUCCUGCCUGUCUCACCUGGAUAUACUUUUCUGCUGCAGAUCCAGUAAGAGAUACAAAUUCUGGCCUGGUGGGCCCCCUGCUGGUGUGCAAGGCUGGUGUCUUGGGUGCAGAUGGCAAACAGAAAGGAGUGGAUAAAGAAUUCUUCCUCCUUUUCACUGUGUUGGAUGAGAACAAGAGCUGGUACAGCAAUGCCAAUCAAGUGGCUGCUAUGUUGGAUUCCCGGCUGCUCUUAGAGGACAUCAAGGGUUUCCAAGACUCCAAUAGGAUGCAUGCCAUUAACGGGUUUCUGUUCUCUAACCUGCCCAGGCUGGACAUGUGCAAGGGUGACACAGUGGCCUGGCACCUGCUUGGCCUGGGCACAGAGACUGAUGUGCAUGGGGUCAUGUUCCAGGGCAACACUGUGCAGCUUCAGGGCAUGAGGAAGAGUGCAGCCAUGCUCUUUCCUCACACCUUUGUCAUGGCCAUCAUGCAGCCUGACAAUCCUGGCACAUUUGAGAUUUACUGCCAAGCAGGCAGCCAUAGAGAAGCAGGGAUGAGGGCAAUAUAUAAUGUAUCCCAGUGUCCUGGCCAUCAAGCUACCCAUCGCCAACACUACCAAGCUGCAAGAAUCUACUACAUCAUGGCAGAAGAGGUGGAGUGGGACUAUUGCCCUGACAGGAGCUGGGAACUGGAAUGGCACAACCAGUCUGAGAAGGACAGUUAUGGUAACAUCUUCCUGAGCAACAAGGAUGGACUUCUGGGUUCCAGAUACAAGAAAGCUGUAUUCAGGGAAUAUACUGAUGGUACAUUUAGGAUCCCUCAGCCAAGGACUGGACCAGAGGAGCACUUGGGAAUUUUAGGUCCACUUCUCAGAGGAGAGGUUGGUGAUAUUCUCACCGUGGUGUUCAAGAAUAAUGCCAGCCGGCCCUACUCUGUGCAUGCCCAUGGAGUGCUGGAAUCUAGCAUUAGCUGGCCACUGGCUGCUGAGCCUGGUGAGGUUCUUACUUACCAAUGGAACAUCCCAGAGAGAUCUGGCCCAGGGCCCAAUGAUUCUGCUUGUGUUUCCUGGAUCUAUUAUUCUGCAGUGGAUCCUAUCAAGGAUAUGUACAGUGGCCUGGUGGGGCCUUUGGCCAUCUGCCGAAAGGGCAUCCUGGAGCCCCAUGGAGGACGGAGUGACAUGGACCAAGAAUUUGCCUUGUUAUUCUUGAUCUUUGAUGAAAACCAGUCUUGGUAUCUGGAGGAGAAUGUGGCAUCCCAUGGGUCCUGGGAGCCAGGCCGUGUUAACCUACAGGAUGAGACUUUCAUGGAGAGCAAUAAAAUGCAUGCCAUUAAUGGAAAGCUAUAUGCAAACCUUAGAGGUCUUACCAUGUACCAAGGAGACAGAGUAGCCUGGUACAUGCUGGCCAUGGGCCAAGAUAUUGACCUACAUACUGUCCACUUCCAUGCAGAGAGCUUCAUCUAUCGGAAUGGAGAGAGUUACCGGGAAGAUGUUGUGGAUCUGUUCCCAGGGACCUUUGAGGUUGUGGAGAUGGUGGCCAGUAACCCUGGUACAUGGCUGAUGCACUGCCAUGUUACUGACCAUGUCCAUGCUGGCAUGGAGACCCUCUUUACUGUCUUGUCCCAAAGAGAACACUUAAGCACUACCACCAUCACAAAUGAAAUUAGAAAAGUAAUCUCCAAAGACAUUGGAGAAGAAAAUGUGAGGAUGCUGGGCAUGGAGAUCCCUGUAGAGGAUAUCGAGAUGUUUGCUUCUGUCUUGAUUGCCAUGGGUGUCAUUCUCUUGAUCAUUGUUUUGGCUCUUGGUGGUGUGGUCUGGUACCAGCAUCAACAGAGAAAGCGACGGCGCAACAGGAGAUCCAUCCUGGAUGACAGCUUUAAGCUUCUGUCCCUCAAGCAAUAACAACUGAAUCCCACAACCACACAUAUAGAAUGCACUCCCAGCAAGCCAUGGACUAGCAGCUGACCCCACUGUCAAAAGGGCAUGGGUAUUAGAGUGGUAGAGGAUGGAAUCAAGCUGUCUGAGUAUUUCUUCACUUAUUUAUUUGCAUGGAAGUGAUAUGCUAUCUCUUUUCUUUAGUUUAUUUGCUCCACUUGGGCACCUGGGACUAGGUGAGUUCCCUAGUAUCCCAUAUCACAAAUUUCAAUAGAUAGAUUACAUCACCCAUGGAGAUUUGGAAGUCUGAAAGUUUCUAAAAGUUGAUCCUUUUUUAAAAAUAUAUAACAAGAGUAAAACUUAUUAAUGAGGUUUCUACUGUUCUCUACGAAAUAAGUAAAUUCACUCUAAUCUGUGAAGUGCCCUGUGAAGAUAGUCUACAUUUAAAUGAAGGAUGAAAAACAUAGGCAUCAUGGAGAAUGUGUAGCAUGGAAUUUGAAGAUAAAAACUCGUUUCAUUAUACUUGGCAGUGAACUAUUUUGGAGCAGUGUUUGGAUAGAAUAUUCUUGCCAUGAGUACCUAUAACUUCUGGAGCCAGAAUCUUUCCAGGAAACCAGUCUUCCAAAUUCAUGGCACACUUGAAAUGAAGGGAAUGUUGACUGUCCUUUCCAUGUUUUAAGAAGAAAGUCCUGUACAUUAAAGUACUUGGAAAAAUUCAUAUGUAAACACCAAAGACCCCAAAUAGCCAAAGCAAUCCUGAGAAGGAAGAAUAAUGUAGGGGGGCGGGGUUCUCUCCCUAACUUCAAGCUCUACUACAAAGCCACAG